GAUUGAGACGGUUUGUUGUCGUGGUAUCGGAAGCUAAUGUGACAAAACUAAUGCAUUCAAUUCUAGUCCAAAGGAUAUUGCUUGAGGUGUGGGGUGUUUAGCAAACAGUUGAUAGCUGGUAACUAAUAGCUGAUUACAUUUUGAUCGAUAUGACCAAUUAAUUUUAUUAACAGGUUUGACCAGCUGAUUUUGAAUCCGUUGCUAUGAGCAACUUGUUCAUAAAUAACUUAUUCAUAUCAAUAAAGUGUUCCAACCAGCUAGUUAACCGAACAUUAAAAUUGGUUGGUUUGACCACACAACCUCUAUUUGUUUCAAAAUAGAAUAAGCUAAAAUUGCUCAGUAAGCUAUUUUGCCUAGCACUCCCUAUAUAACAUACUUUUAGGCUUGAACCAUAAGCUGUUAUAAUUCGCUAGUUAAUUCGCUUUUUUAAUUUACAGUUCGCUCAAAAUGAACACAAAAUAGCUCAUAAACAACCAUAAUUCGCUAGUAAGCUUAACUUUUGGUUGAAUUGUUCUGUGCUAUGCUUAUUAAAUGUCUCUCUACCAGAAAAAUUCUGCAUUUUGUUUAUAGGUCUUGAUGCCUCUUUGCUUUGAGCCUUAAAUGAUUUUCUAAUCAGAUCAUUUCUGUUCAUACCUGCACUUUGAUUCAAAUUAUAGGUACUUAUUUCCUUGAAGCUCAGAACAACUUCAAAACAAGAAAACUAUCAGCAUCAUUAGUUCAUUACUAUUGGGUUCUGCUAGCCUAUAAUGGGUGGGUGUGUUUCAACUACGCACGCUCGAGUUGCUCCUCACAGGAAGAAGUACACUCGAAGGUCACAAACACGUCAUACAAAUUUAAAUACACCGACAUGUGAUGCUCCGAUCAAAAGAAAAUCAUGCAGUGAUGCAGGAAGUCGCAUCUCUGUAAGCGAGUUUGUUCAAAUCGAUUUCGAGAAGGGAAGCACCACUACUUGUAGAAGAUCCGAAGUUUCUAAUAAAGCAUACCACUUAACACAAGUGCAUUGGAACCACGUCGAUGAAAAUGGAGUUUGUCAGGAAGAAGCAUGGUUUGAUUCAGUGAGCAUACUAGACUCCGAAUCUGACGAUGAUUAUACAAGUGUUUUCGAAGAUGGGAAAAUACUCAACAUGUCGAACCUGUGGUCAGGUGCACACAUUUUACGCCCACAGGCUGGGAUUUUGAUUCCAUGUGCAGCCGAUGAAAAGGCAUCAGCAGGCUCUUGGUCUGCGAUUCCACCCUCGGUUUUUAGGGUUCGUGGUGAGACUUACUUCAAGGACAAAAUGAAAAGCUUGGCUCCAGGGUAUUGUCCGUAUACACCCAUUGGUGUCGAUAUGUUUGCUUCGUCACAAAAGAUAAAUCAUAUUGCUCAGCAGCUUGAGCUUCCGUCUGUGCAAGGAAAUCGUAGCCAAUUGCCAUCUUUACUGAUCGUUAACAUACAGUUGCCUGCCUAUGCUCCUUCAGCGUUCUUAAGCAACACCAAUGGCGAAGGCAUCAGCCUCGUUAUGUAUUUUAAGUUGUCAGACAAUAUCGACGAAAAAGUUCCUUCAAGUUUCAUCGACAGCAUUAAGAGAAUGGUAGAUAAUGAAACCGAAAAACUUAAAUCGGUUGCUCCUUAUCGAGAAAGACUUAAAAUCUUGUCGAGUGUAGUGAAUCCGGAGGAUCUUCAGUUGAGUAUUACCGAAAAGAGACUCAUGAAUGCUUACAAGGAUAAACCAGUGCUGUCACGCCCUCAACACGAAUUUUUCAAGGGGCAUGAUUAUUUUGAAAUCGACAUAGAUGUGCAUCGAUUCAGUUAUAUAUCAAGGAAAGCGUUAGAAUCUUUGCGAGAACGUUUGAAAGAAGGAAUCCUUGAUCUUGGUUUGACUAUUCAGGCUCAAAAACAGGAAGAAUUGCCAGAAAAGGUGUUGUGUUGCAUGAGAUUGAACAAACUCGAUUUUGUAAAUCGUGGCCAAAUACCCACACUGAUGAGCAUCAACGAUGAGUAAAUUACAAACGAAUUUGUUGGAGCAAAUACUGUCUUUCUCAAACAAAGAUUUUCAUGCACCCAAUCUUUCCCUUCCCAAUACAUUCUUUAUUUAGUAGGUUACCUACACUCUUCGUUGUAUUCCUUUUGUAAAUUUUAAGAGAAUAGGCCAAAAAUAAUGAAAAGGUCGGUAAGGAAAUUUAAAGAGGUGUUUGGAGAACAUGUUUUCUUCCAAAAAUAUGGUUUUUUUUUUUAAAUGUUCUUCAUAGUUUUUUAGUUAGAUUAUCUAACAUCUAAUAACAAAAUCACAUGCAUAAUAGAUACAAAUUAUAUGAGUAAUAAUUGAAUCACAAUCUUUAAUGCGUGACUUGAUUGUUCGGUAUGAAAAAAAUUUAAAGUAUUAUCUGUCUGUCGAUCCCUUCAUGUAUCACAAAUUUAAGAUUUCAAUUA